GCUCUUGCAAUUGCAUUUGGGGCUAGGGUUUUACUAUUUGGUUAUCCUCUCUUUGGCACUUGCACCUCUCCCCCUCCCCCUCCCUUUCUCUCUCUCCACUCUGCUACUUCACAUUUUCGCAGAGAUGAAUGUUGAAAAAUUAAUGAAGAUGGCCGGUUCGGUCCGCACUGGUGGGAAGGGUACAAUGAGAAGAAAGAAGAAGGCUGUACACAAGACGACGACAACAGAUGACAAAAGGCUUCAAAGUACCUUAAAGAGAGUAGGAGUGAACGCCAUACCUGGAAUCGAGGAAGUUAAUAUUUUCAAGGAAGAUGUAGUUAUACAGUUUGUCAAUCCAAAGGUCCAAGCCUCUGUUGCUGCCAACACCUGGGUUGUUAGUGGCACUCCUCAGAACAAGAAAUUGCAGGACAUUCUUCCUCAAAUUAUCAACCAGUUGGGUCCGGAUAACUUAGAGAAUUUGAAAAAGUUAGCAGAACAGUUCCAAAAGCAGGCACCAGGUGGUACAGCUUCUGGCGCUGGUGAAGAUGACGACGACGAUGUACCCGAACUUGUAGCUGGUGAGACGUUUGAAGCUGCCGCAGAGGAGGAACCCAAACAGACCUCUUGAGGACUCCAUUGUCCAGUUUUUGACCGUUGCUUACAUUUUCCAUGUUUCUGAAAGAUCUUACAUUAUUUGCAAGCUAGUUUUCUAUGUCGCUAUUAAUAACAUAAAUACUUUAACCGUGCUGUCUUGUAUUACCAUAUUUUGAAUCAACCUUCUUUUGUAAGCAAAAUAUGAUUGAAUCAAUUUGCCUUGUUCGGUUUAUGCCA